GCAGAGUUUGGCCCCGCCGCGCCGGAGUGUCCUUAGUGCCGCCGGGCAGCGCGGGGCGCUCACCGAGCGCCGUCCCCUCCGCCCCACCGCCCAGCCCACGGACGUGCUAUGGCUACGUCUAUCCUCGGGGAAGAGCCGAGAUUUGGAACGACUCCCCUGGCCAUGCUGGCCGCCACCUGCAACAAGAUCGGCAACACUAGUCCCCUGACCACCCUGCCCGAGUCUAGCGCCUUCGCCAAAGGGGGCUUCCACCCCUGGAAACGCUCCACCUCCAGCUGCAACCUGGGCUCCAGCCUCUCGGGCUUCACGGUGGCCACGAGCAGGGGUUCCAACGGACUGGCCAGCGGCACGGGCACCGCCAACAGCGCCUUUUGCCUGGCUUCCACCUCGCCCACUUCCUCGGCCUUCAGCAGCGACUACGGCGGCCUCUUCUCCAACUCGGCGGCGGCGGCGGGCGUGUCCCCGCAGGAGCCCGGCGGGCAGUCGGCCUUCAUCUCCAAAGUGCACAGCUCGGCGGCCGAGAGCCUCUACCCGCGGGUGGGCAUGGCGCACCCCUACGAGUCCUGGUACAAGUCGGGCUUCCACUCCACGCUCUCGGCGGGCGAGGUGGCCAACGGAGCGGCCUCCUCCUGGUGGGACGUGCACACCAACCCCGGCUCCUGGCUUGAGGUGCAGAACCCGGCGGGGGGGCUGCAGAGCUCGCUGCACUCGGGCGCCCCCCAGGCCUCGUUGCACUCCCAACUGGGCACCUACAACCCCGACUUCAGCUCCCUCACCCACUCCGCCUUCAGCUCCACCGGCCUGGGCUCCACGGCGGCCUCGCACCUGCUCUCCACCAGCCAGCACCUGCUCACCCAGGAGGGCUUCAAGCCCGUGCUGCCCUCCUACACGGACUCUAGCGCGGCGGUGGCGGCGGCCAGCGCCAUGAUCUCGGGCGCCGCCGCCGCUGCCGCCGGGGGCGGCUCGGCCCGCUCCGCCCGCCGCUACUCGGGGCGCGCCACCUGCGACUGCCCCAACUGCCAGGAGGCCGAGCGGCUGGGGCCGGCGGGGGCCAGCCUGCGGCGCAAGGGGCUGCACAGCUGCCACAUCCCCGGCUGCGGCAAGGUGUACGGCAAGACCUCGCACCUGAAGGCGCACCUGCGCUGGCACACGGGCGAGCGGCCCUUCGUCUGCAACUGGCUCUUCUGCGGGAAGCGCUUCACCCGCUCCGACGAGCUGCAGCGGCACCUGCGGACUCACACGGGCGAGAAGCGCUUCGCCUGUCCCGUCUGCAACAAGCGCUUCAUGCGCAGCGACCACCUGAGCAAACACAUCAAAACGCACAACGGGGGCGGCGGGGGCAAAAAGGGCAGCGACAGCGACACGGACGCCAGCAACCUGGAAACGCCGCGCUCCGAGUCCCCCGACCUCAUCCUGCACGAGGGGGUGGGCGCCGCCCGCGGACCGGGCAAGGAACCUACCGCGGGCCCCGGCGACUCCUAGGGGCAGCGCCGCCGGAGCCGCUCGGACUGUGCCCCGCGCCGGC